ACGUGUUGAUGGCUGUAGGUCAUUCCUCUGUCCGGUGGCUCGAGCCCCACUGUGUUGUCAUUUGAAUACAGAGACACGGCCAGACAGCAGCACAUGCUCGGCAGCUACUGCAGCAAACCAGGAAAUUGUGGGCAGGACAAAUGAAAGAGAAAAUGAAACCAGCCGACACAAUGAUCCAGCUAAAAUUCAGGAUACAGUGACAAUUUCUAACCAUUCUAAAAUGCGAAAGUGAUCACCAUCAAAAUCAGCAACACCAAAAACAUUCAUUAUGCAUCUCUUGCUUGUAAUCCUGUUCUUUCUGGAGGCACGGUUUUGUGUCCAGACUUCUGACAGCAAUAGUCCUGCUGGCGAUAACCUGGCGACAAACGGCCUUCCUUUUCCAUGGAGUAAAGUGCGCCUGCCAAACUACAUAGUGCCUGUACAUUAUCAUCUACUUAUUCAUCCCAAUCUCACCACCCUGAGGUUCAAUGGAUCUGUGAAGAUCGAAAUCGAUGUUAAAAACAACACAAACUGGGUGGUGCUACACAGCAAGAACCUCAAGAUCUUCACCGCCACCGUUCUGGAUGAGCACGAGGCCCAUUUGUCAGACAAAGUGCUCUCGGUGCUGGAAUAUCCUUCACAUGAACAGAUCGCCAUCUUCUCCCCAAAGAUUCUGACCUCUGGGGAAAAAUACUUCCUGCAUUUGGAAUUUGGUGCACCGUUAAGUGAUGGCUUCUAUGGAUUUUAUAAGAGUACAUAUAAGACAAAAGCAGGAGAGACAAGGGUCCUGGCAUCCACCCACUUUGAGCCCACAUCUGCCCGAAUGGCAUUGCCAUGCUUCGAUGAGCCCAUUUUCAAAGCUAAUUACACUGUCAGAAUACGGAGGGGCCCGUCACAUAUAGCUUUGUCCAACAUGCCAUUAGAACAAACUGUGGAAAUUGGCAACGGUCUGUUUGAGGACCAGUUUGAAGUGAGUGUGAAGAUGAGCUCGUACCUGUUGGCCUUCAUUGUCUGUGACUUCAGAUCUGUUAGUGGGAUGACUGCAACCGGAAUUAAUAUUUCUAUUUAUGCAGUUCCAGAAAAAUGGCAUCAGACGCACUAUGCUCUUGAGGCUGCUUUGAGGCUUAUGGAGUUUUAUGAACAAUAUUUCAACAUACUUUAUCCGCUGCCAAAACUGGAUCUGAUAGCGAUUCCAGAUUUCCAGUCAGGCGCUAUGGAAAACUGGGGUUUGACUACUUAUAUGGAGACAUCUCUUCUGUAUGACCCUGACAUCUCAUCAGCCUCCGAUAAGCUCUGGGUUACCAUGGUGAUAGGACACGAGCUGGCCCAUCAGUGGUUUGGAAACCUGGUGACGAUGGAGUGGUGGAAUGAUAUAUGGCUGAAUGAAGGCUUUGCCCGAUAUAUGGAAUUUGUCUCACUUGAGGCAGUAUAUCCAGAGCUUAAAGUUGAGGACCACUUCCUGGACACCUGUUUCGGAGCUAUUGGACGGGAUUCUCUAAAUUCUUCCAGGCCAAUUUCCAGUUUAGCUGAGAACCCUACUCAGAUAAAGGAAAUGUUUGAUACCGUGUCAUAUGACAAGGGAGCAUGUAUUCUCCAUAUGCUGAGGAAUUUCUUGACAAGUGAAGGCUUUCAGACAGGCAUAAUUCGGUACCUUCGUAGGUUCAGGUAUAGCAAUGCCAGAAAUGAAGACCUGUGGGACAGCCUUAUUAAAACAUGUUCAGAGGAGGAUUUUACAGCAGGAGAAUACUGUUACAGCAGUACACAAGCCACUAAAAAUGCGUAUCGUUUUGCUGGGGAGCAUAUAGACCUGAAGAAAAUGAUGUAUACGUGGACUAUACAAAAGGGCAUACCGCUGAUCACAGUGAAGCGGCAAGGAAGGAAACUGUAUAUUGGGCAAGAGCGCUUCUUAAAGAUAGUCCUGCCUGAUGAUCCCUCAUGGCAUUCACUUCAAAAAGGCUACCUGUGGCACAUCCCUUUGACAUAUAAAACAAGCCACUCUGACCAUGAGAUGAAGCACAUAUUGACCACAAAAUCAGAUGUGUUGACGCUGGAUGAGGAAGUUGACUGGGUGAAGCUCAACAGUGACAUGAAUGGAUAUUAUAUUGUCCAUUAUGAUGAGGAAGGCUGGAACGCCCUGACGGAGCUGCUGAGAGUAAACCAUACUGCUCUGAGCUUUAAGGACAGAGCCAGCCUCAUUCAUAACACCUUCCAGCUGGUCACUGCAGGACGACUGUCACUAAACAGAGCUUUAGAUUUGAUCGGUUACUUAAAGUCUGAGACCCACAAUGUUCCUCUCCUGCAAGGGCUUGGCUAUCUGCAGUCAUUCUACAAGCUGAUAGACAAGAGAAACAUAGCUGACGUUACUCAUAAUCUGAAGACCUACAUCUUGCAGUAUUUCAGAGAUGUGAUUGACAAGCAGUCAUGGAGCGAUGAUGGGAUGGUCUCAGACCGGAGACUGCGUGAAGAGGUUCUUUCCCUUGCAUGUGAUUUUGAUUAUCCACCUUGUUUGGAAAAGGCUAAGCAGCUCUAUAAUAGCUGGGUGGAAUCCAAUGGUACAAUCAGCUUACCCACUGAUGUGUCUGAGACGGUUUACAUGGUCGGAGCUCAGGAUGACAGCGGUUGGGCCUUCCUUCUGGAAAAGUAUGGUGUCUCCAUGUGUGAGACAGAGAAAAGCAAAUUUCUCUCAGCUUUAGCAAGCAGCAAGGACUCUGAAAAACUAUCAAGAUUAUUACAGCUUGGAAUGGAUGGAACUUUAAUAAAAACACAAAAUGUACCCAGUCUCAUAUAUAUGGUUGCCAGAAAUCCAGUGGGUCAUUUUCUAGCAUGGGAUUUUGUGAAGAAACAUUGGAAUGAACUAGUAGAAAAGUUUCCGCUGGGAUCUUUUGGAAUCAGAAAUAUAAUUGUUGGCACUGUGACUCAGUUCUCAUCCACAGAGGAGUUGAGAGAGGUUGAGGAUUUCUUUAAGUCCAUCACAGAGCAGGUAUCUCAGCUGCGUGUCAUACAGGUGGCCACAGAAAACGUGGAGAAGAACAUUAUGUGGCUCUCGAGGAAUCUAGAGACCAUGAGGACUUGGUUGCAGCAAAGACUCAACUAAAAUGUAAAAAGAAGACCAACAUUUCAGCCAAGCAUUAUACUAGUUUUUACUAGUAUAAUGGUUUUUGGUUUAUUAAUCAGUAUCAGGAUCAGCUCCGAAACUCCAUUUGACUUUUCAAGUUUUCUACUGUUGGUAUUUUUUAGUGUUUUAAUUAUUUUGGGUAACAGCUCAUAUACUGUAAUGCAUGAUGUGUUUGCUUUUUUUGGUUUACUUGGAUAAAGAGGUUUAUAAACAGCUAUGCCGUUUCAAACCUCUAA